AUGGACUCUCCUCCUGAAGAUGCAGCGAGACCUCAGAGAGUAGCUCUGUACUCUGCCAUCACUUUGUUUAAUUUCAUUUGGUGGAUGAUUUUACUCGCAGCCAUCGGAUUCGGAGCCCUACAUCUGGGCAGUUGUCCUGUGGAGCCUCUGAUCCCCGUCUACAUGAUGGUCCUGGGGUCUGUCACUCUGAUGUCGCUGACUCUGGUUUACACCAACAGUAUUUGGGGCGAUGGUGCCGUGUUUAAGGCGGCGGCGUCUUGUGUCAGUCUGCUCUAUCUCUUCGACUUGUGUUGGUUCAUUGCAGGCUCAGUGUGGGUCUACAGCGUCUAUCCUCCUGACAAUUCCCCAGACUCCACAAACUACUGCUCCAGGCCUUUCUACCUGUUCGCUUUCAUCGUCACCACCGUCAUUUGGUGGAGCAGUGAAUCUCAAGAGGAGCCCCAGGGAAAGACACAGGGCAUGCAGGGUAAAAAACUCAUUUUGGGUGAUGGCCAAGAGCUGACUGAGGUCAAAUGCUUUUCUUAA